UUGAAAUAAAUAACUUCACUGGUUCAAAAGUUCCAGCUGAAUUUGUAACAACCACGCUCCAAAAAAUGCAUGGGAUCGGACUUUAUUAACACCCUUUAUAUAUUAAGUUUCAUUGCAUUCCAAUUUUAGUGAAAGUAGUGUAAAUUACAAGGAGAUUCUGGAUCGAAUUAGUUCUCUUCAAAAGCAUUUCAAGGAAUUAUCUUUGACGUUGACUGAAUACAACGCCAAGAAUAUCUUGUUAGUUUAAUUAUCAAUUUACAUACAUAUGUACAUGAGAUUUAUAUUGUUACCUCGUUGCUUUCUUAUUGUAUUCAGAGUCCGUGACAAAAGCGACGAUAUUGCAAAAUGUCUGAUGAAGUAUAGACAUGUCGAACCCUUCAAAACAACCACAUCUCACUAUGCAGUGCAACUCGCAGGAGAAAUUCUUGGGAAAAUUGGCGAUCAUCAGUUGCACAAAAAAUACUGAACAACCAUAAUGCUCACCGUUUAAUGAGCACGGCUGAGCUUAUGUCCUUGCAUAAUUUAUCUUUCAGAACGGCGGCCAUUCUUCGUGUAGAGAAGAAGGUGCUGCCUAACUUGUCGAAUUACAAGAACAUUUGCAAGUUUGUCAAGGGGGAGGUGACCAGCGCAAUGACAGCUCAGUCCCGAGUUCUCUCAAAAAAGAAGCUGGUGAAAGCGUUUAGUGAAAAGGCAAACUCUGUUCCUCACUAUCGACAUGCAAGGCCUGAUGCUGAGAAGCAGUAUGAGAAUGCAAUGGCGGAGUUUUCCAGACUCACGUCAUUGUCACAGGACCAAGUUAUCAAGUUUGAACACCAGCGUUUGAUAGAUUUGAAAGAUUCUCUAGCAGCAUUCUUUAAGAUUGAGAUUUCUAAACACGCAAAGUCGCUCGAGUUACUUACUGAUGGAUAUAGGUUCAUUCACAGUAUUGACGAAAAUGCAGAUUUGGACGUACUGAAGAAGCGCCUCCAAUUGAACAUGGCGUUCCCCAUAACUGAGGACUUCCAACGUAGUGAACAGUCUCAAACCUCAGUAAUGAACGAAACGAAAAGAUCCAGGGGCGAAGAAAGCGACUCUUCCUACGAAUGCUAUGAGAACGACGAUGCCGAAAUUGGGGAAGACGAACAGACCGAUAGAUAUGAACCAGAAAUUCAGCAAGCAGGGAAACUCAGUAGUAAUCGCCGCUCUAUGAAUAAUUGUAAUAAGAAUCCAAAUGUUAAGUCUUCAGGAAAACAUGGAGUUAAUGCAAAAAUCAUUUCUUCUAAUGCAAAUACCUACAAAACUACCCAUCGACACCACAACUCACAUAAAUCUUCGAGAGACGCUAUUCAAAAAGGAAGUGACAAUUCUCCAUCAACUGUGGUAAGCACUAGGACAACUUCAACUAUUCAUCAAACUGACAACAGGUUAGGUUUCACAAUGUCAUCGUAUACAAAGCGACCUGCUUCAAGCUCGUCUCCACGUCCGUCCGAAAGUUUAGCUCAACAAGCGUUAUCAUCGUCAGCUCACCAACGACCGUUCACAUCCCCAAUAUCUGCAGCAUUCAUGGGACGAAGAGUUACAUUUAAUGAAACUGUAGAGAGUCGAGGCAACAGUGACCGGCAUGCAGAUCUGAAAACUCAAAAUCUCCACCGAAAGCAGUAUCCCACCCAAAAUGAAAACUACACGGAAAGAAAGCAGAGCCUAGCAAGGGGCAUUUGUAUGAAAAUUUAAGACGAUAAUAUUCUCAAAGAUGUGAAGUGUAAAUUAUUUAAUUACGCACCAAUCAAAGCGUUUAAAAUAAAUAACGUGCGUAUUUUUCUAGAUUAACUAAAUUCCUAAACCAAUUAACUACUAAAUGUAUGCGCAUUUCCGUCAAUAAUACGACACUAACUUUGACUUAUCACAUCACCGUUAUUUUUUAGAAGUAAACGUUGAUUUAACUCUAUUAGAUACGCAGUGCUAAUGUGAUCGUAAAAUAUGCAAAAUAAUUAUACACGUGAUUGUGACAUACGUAGUACAUGUACAGGUGAACCACUGCAUGUCUUGCCUUACUUUGUCGCCUCGGGUUUGUAUUUUUUUUACAAAUAAUAAAGGAUUCUCUCUGCAAAA